CGCGUUCGGAGCCAGGCUUUGCCCUGAGAGGCAUCCCGGUCUCCGCGCUGCUGCUCUCGACGCCUUCUCGGUUGGGCCCCCUCCUCACCGCAGCCUUUCCUUCCCACAGGCCCUUAGCCUCUCCCGUAGCCAAGCAGCACACCUUACAAGAUCAUGGUGCUGGACAUCCAAACAACAGAAUGAGCUGCUUCAGAGUGUGGAUUAGCUAUUUCCUGAAUAAUGGAUGAUGAUGACUUUGGAGGAUUUGAGGCAGCAGAAACCUUUAAAGAUGGAAGUGGUGAACCACAGACUACUUCUCCUGCUAUUCCUUGGGCAGCAUUUCCUGCAGUAUCUGAAAUCCAUAUGCCUCAAACAGUUUCUGCUGAAAUUCUUCUGGAGCAACCUGUCACUUCCUCCUGCUUGGAUUCUUCUCAUGUAGCUGUUUCUUCAGUUGAUGAUAUUCGGUUAGAUAGUCAACCUUCAAACAGCGUUUUAAAUUCAGAUGAUCUGAAAAAGCAGACUCCAUUAUCAACCUCUCCCUCAUUGGAAGUAGCGGUUUCCUCUUUGAAUCUAACUGAAGAUUUAGAAGCAGUGACAGAUGAGAAUGGUGAUGAAGAAUUGGGAUUGAAUGAUUCAGACAAGCAUUUUCAACAAACUCUUUCAACUCUAGAAGUUAAACUUAAGACAGCUGAUGAUGAAAAAUGUAGAAUAAAACAGGAGUUAAAAGAUCUUUUGGGAAAAUACGAAAUUUUGGAAACAAAUUUUCUCAAAGAAAAUGAAGAUAAAUUAAUUUCACACCAGGAAGAGUAUGACAAGAUUCAGGAAAAGCAUAAACUUGAGUUAGAAGACUUGAGGAGGGCUGGUCACGAAGCCUUAACUAUUAUCGUAGAAGAAUUCAAGGCCUUACUACAAACUGUAGUUCAACUGCGUGGAGAAGCCAUUGAAAAGCAGUAUGUAUCUGCAAUUGUAAAACAGGCACAGAAGUGUGAAGGACUGCUUCUUGCUCAGCAUCAAAAACUUAUUGAUAUGUUGGACAAGGAGUGUGAAGUUCUGGGUAAAAAAUCAGAAGAGUCUUUGUUUCAGCAGUUUCAGAAAUACAAGGAAAUAUUGGAAAAUUGUAUGGAAACUGAAAGGAAAACCAAUGAGGAAGCCUUGGCAGCUGCUAUAAAGAUUGAAAAAGAGGAGAUGCAAGCUUCAGUUAUGACAGCAAUAAAAGCAGAGAGGGAGAGCAUGGAAAAACUUCACGCAGAAGAAAGGGAAAUAUGGAAAGCUGAGCGGAAAAAAGAUCAUAAAGAGAUUGCUCAAGCUAUUGAAAAUGCAGUCCAAGAAGAAAGACAAUGCAAUGAGGCAACCGUAAAGGCAGUACUCAUCGAACAGCAACAGAAAUGUGAGAAAGCUAUAGAGGAAGCUGUGCAACAAUCCAGAAAAGAAUUAAUGGAAUAUAUCAAAGAACAGAAAAGGCUUGAUCAAGUUAUCCGUCAGCGUAGCCUAUCCAGUUUGGAAUUGUUCCUUUCUUGUGCACAGAAACAGGUAAACUCCUUAUUAAAUGAAGAAUAUACUGCAACAGUUACGGAACAAGAUAAAACGUCACUUUAAGAUGACAGAAGUGUCCACACUAAAUGCUGGAGGUAAUUUCUUUGAGAUGAUUGGAAUCGCAUUAAUAAUUCAGAAUGAGCUCAGUGAUCUCAUUUGUUGAUUUUCAGUUUUGCAAUGCUGUCAACAAGACAAAUGGCCUUAUGAAAUUUAGUCAAAUGAGGUAUUUGAAGAUAAUGAAUUUAUUGAUGCGCUGCUUCCACAUAAUUUCAAUAAUAAUUGCAGUAAUUGCUAAGUCCUAGUUAAGUAUAAAAUUCAUUAAAUAGAAGUUCUUUGAUGUCCUCAUUUUCAACACUAAAUAUAUUUAUCAGAGUGCUGUAUGGCUGUAGUAAACUAUGCCAUACAAGUUUGACUUCAAACAAAAGGUGGAAGGAAUAAUCUUCACUAACGGAAAUACAGUCAAAAACAUAGGUUCUGAUCUUAAAUGUUUGUUUGUUCUUCAGGAAUAGUAACUGAGAUGUAAGCUUUUUUUCUUAAAACUCCAUUAAUUGAGAAAAAAAACAAAGCUCCCAAAAUGUUCUUAGGAGCAUAGAACUAGUACUGCAGAAAUUUGGAUUCCUGACAUUUUAAUUUGAAAACAUUAGCCACACAUUCAGAAAUGCUACCUGGAAGUGAAUCCUAUUGUAUUCAGAGAGGCUUAUUUUCUCAAUAGGUUUUGGAUUAAAAUCUUACUUUAUGCAAGGAGACUCUGAAGGUUGAUAUGACAGUGGAGACUGUAUUCAAAGUCUUGAGUAGAGUCUGAAAGUCUGUUGGUUCCUUUUUUUUAGAAUCAAAUCAAAAGAUAAAGUGUCUUUUAAGAUUUUCAUAACUUUUUUUACAUGUAUAAAUGGUAUGGUUUCUUGAGAAAUCAUCAUGGAGUUAUUGUCAAUGCAAUUAUAAGUUGAUCCAAUAUUCACAUACCUAUCUUAAACUGUCCUGCAUUUAGCAAUAAAUACUAUUUCCAACAAUAAAAUGUUAUUAAUUUACACAUUGGAA